AAGCGAUCUCUUUAUCGACCAGGAGCUCCUAUUUUAGGAUCCAUCCCGUCGCCUCCAGUCGGGUCGGUCACGUGCCUGGGUCUAGCAAAUCCCAGGCCCGGGCAUCGGACUUAGUGGUAAGCGACGAUUUCUAUUUCUGGCUACUUUGCGAACUUUCUCAGCCUCCAUCUACAAUUCGCUUUCCUACUUGCCACGCAGGCCAGUUAUUCCAAAUCCACUUUUCAAAGAAUUGCGGGCACAUCACAUACCAUCACGUCAAGAUGGCAAGAGGUAACCAGCGUGACAAGGCGCGUGAAGCUAACCAGAAGAAACUGGCCGAUCAGGUAGGAUGCCACCUUUUGCGCCUAUUCAACAAUCUCUCUAUCGCAAAAAGUAAAACCAUCCUUCGAAUAUGCCAUGGUACUAACAAAUGCUGUCCGAUAUGUAGAAAAAGGGCAAUACCAUGACUGGCUCUGAGAUGCAACGAGAGAAGGAAAAGGUCGCUCAGAAGAUGAGAGAGAAGCAGGCUGCUGGUACGUGUCCCUCACCGCAUCUUUGCGCUAUUUAAACCUAAAUGCUGACAUUGGGAUUUUCUAGCCGACGCGAAGAAGGCGGCCGAGGCAGCUGCGAAGGUCAAGAAAUAGACGCCGUCGACCGGAACAUGCGAAUAUAACGAUGCGCUUUUGUUUGCUGGAGUUACGGAGAAGGUUCGUUUAAAACAUUAGAACGCUGAGUGUGAUGGGCCACCCAUCGGAAUAUGGUAUGGGAACAAGUGUGUUGGAGUUUCUACAUAAACGAUCUGAAAGGCAGAAUUGGCUUGGGUCUAUGGAGAAGAAUACAUUCGUUGACUACCCGAUCGCUUUGCGAAUGGUCUAUCGUUGUUUCUACUUUUUCCAAAAGUAUCCAAAUUUCGUACAUACCUUUAUGAAGAAUGGAUCUCACGGCAAUUGCGUUCUUCUUAGACUCGUAACGGCAUCACACAGUAAGGCAUGCCUCCUGCAUCAAAACUGUUCCCAAUAUAAUUCGUGGGCCCUUCAGAUCGCAGGGUUCACUGCUCAUCGAUUGCAUUAGGCCUGAGACUUAAAGCGGUCCUGCAUAUGACGGUAAUAACUUUGGAUUUCUUUCAUUCUAUUCUCCGAUGUCCAUGGUAUUAAAUAGAGAAACGUUGGAGGGUUUCUCUGUAGGGGAUUAUCUUUGUAUAAGGGGAAACGAACAUUGCUUUUGGCGCACUGUUCUUCUCUUCGAUAGAAAAAAGUUCAUAGUAUGGAUACUUCUUCCAAGAAAGUUUUGGACAGCUAGCAAUUCGAUCCUCCAGGGCCUUCCCAAAUAAUCCUCUACAAAUCCCACAAUAUUUCACACCAUCCAUGUCUAAUUCACCAUACAUGCGCGUAUACCAC